UGUACUGUAGUAGUAAGUUUACGUUUGUUUUCCUCGUACGGCUCGUGGAUCAUUGUGGCAUUUUUGUGCGUCGUCAAGAAAAACGAUUUUCAUAGUCCUCUGGUGUAAUAAAUCCGGCCGUCAAGAUUUUCCCCGAAAGGCAUUUUGUUUCGCGCUCGCGACAUGCGAUAAGUGUCCGUCAAUGUGGUACCACCGCGAUCAAAAUGAGCGAAAUACUGCAGCAGGACAUCCAGCAGCUGCUGGAGUACUUUGCCAAAAAUCUAUACCGUGCGAAAGAGUGUGAAGUGGGUGACGAAAUCGUGCAACGAUGCAGCGUGCUGAUGCGCAUGGAUUACACCGUGACCGAACUAACGAAUCCAAAUGGCGAACUCUCGGCUCACUAUCCGGCCAAGCUGCUCAUCCCCGAACAGGAAACGAAAGCGAACGUAUCGCUUUCCACAGUCUCUCCGGCCACCAUCACCGAACGCCGUCCCAGAAGCAAUGCAUCCCCCCAGUCAAUCGGAUCGGAUGCAGUUACCGACUCGGCACGUAAUGCUGCGAACCGUGAUCAGGUGAUCGUGGACGGACGGAUUGAUGCCCAACGGCUUCGCUAUUUGAUUUUGCGUGCCCGGCUGGCGCGAUGCCGUGCCCGUUUUCCACUACCGGUAAUACUGUACAAGGGAAAGUACAUCUGCCGAUCGGCAACGCUGUCUGGGGGGCCUGAGAUCUACGGUCGGUCCGGACUGGAAUACUUUGCCUACGCAGCCGAAGCGACGCUUCCAGAGCCAGGAGACGAAGCUUACGAAGCACAGGAGGAUUCGUCGUCCGAUGAAUCGGAUUCCAAAGAUUGGCCACUGUUUGGUCGACUACGCCGGAAAGAUAUACGUUUGCUGAAGGCUCUCAACGUGGGGACCAUUAUCGACUUUAUGGUAGAGAACAAGAAGGUCAAAUUCUGGCUGAACGUCACAUCGUCCGAGAAGGUGGACAAGGAGAAUCGGUAUAGUUUUUUCAAGAUUCUCGCACUGCCAUAUCCAGGUUGCGAGUUCUUCCGUGAGUACCGCGAUAACGAUUGCCGUGGUGAAGGACUGAUCUUCGACUGGAAUCAGUCGUACGUUGAUGCCGGUAUCCGAGUGCCGGACGAUGCAGUGACAGCCGAAUUAAACAUCGACUGGCAUAACUACAAGCAGUGGGAUCUUGUGAAGCUCACCCAGAACUACCUCCGGUUGCUUUUAAAGUACUUGCAGGAAAAUAAUUCCGGACUAUUGGUCCACUGCAUAAGCGGGUGGGAUCGGACACCGUUGUUUGUCUCGCUGCUGCGAAUUUCCCUCUGGGCAGAUGGUGCAGUUCACCAGUCGCUGAGUGCGUCCCAAAUGCUUUAUUUCACGAUCGCAUACGACUGGCUGUUGUUCGGUCACAAUUUACCUGAUCGAUUGAAUAAGGGCGAGGUGAUAUUCUACUUCUGCUUCUACAUACUCAAGUACAUAGUCGAUGACGAGUUUAGCGUGUUAACUCAUAGAACCCGUAGCCAUCAUAGUAGCGGAAGUAGUAGUAUAGGCGUAAUUAGAACUGAUAGCGAAAGUAUGCUCGAUGGGUUGUUAUUUGACGGAGAAAGUCGCGGAUCUAGCAUAUCACUCAACUCGACGUGCAGCUUCACUAGUGGGCGAAGUUCUUCCAUUCACGAUACUCAGACAUGUGUCAGCACUGGUAUCGGGCUAACAAACGAUGGUGCAAGCAAUAGCAUAGCAAUAACCGGUAGGAAUAAUGGUGCUAACAGGAACAGCGGUACGUCCGGUGGUGCAAGCAACGGAGAUGAGGGUAUCAACUCGUUCAAUGGCAACAAUGGCUUUUCAUCACACAGUAACGAUAGCAGUAGCAGUAUUGGAUGCAUGUCUCAUGAUAGUUCGAAUCAUAAUAUCCAAUGGUCGCCGAAAGCUAAACGAACUAGUCCAGUAACAGUGCCAAGUGCGGAGAGACUGUUGAGACAGCGACAGGAGUCCACCUCGUCACUUUCGGUUGGCAGCUGGCAGAUGAUCACAUGUACCGGAAGUUACCGGAGUGCGGAAUCAGUAAACGAGAUGCAGUCCCAUUUGCAGCCGAACCCGGCAUUCGCCUGUCCCAAUCACCUCCAACGUCAGCAGACACAGGGCCACCAGCAACCGCAUAGUACUCAUCCGCAAUCACAUCAGCAGCAGCAGCAGCAGCAUCACCUAAAUCCUGGCAGCGGCCCUCCGGGUGCUUCCACGCCGAACGCCAACCAACAUCACAGUCAGGAGACCAGCUGCUGUACCGUCAUCGACGGCGAGUACUUUCCCAAUCGUGUUGAUUUAUAUGCCCUACGACGCGAAAAACUGACACAGCUGAGGACGCUUUUCUACAACUGUUAUUUCUCGACGAUAGCAUUCAAGUUCAAUUCUGGGCCUGAUUCAGCGCUUGGUAGUUUGUUGGGUAAUUUCGCCGAGAAAGUAGGUUUGGCAAGUCGAACACCAGUUUAGAAGCGCAAUAAGGGAACCCGACCGAAGGAGAAUCGUUUCUAUACACUACGACUGCGGACACGUCUUCCGUUAAAUUUAAUACGAAGAAACGGUAUUUAUCUCUCUUCUAGACCUGAGCUUUCCCAAUGUUUGCUAGAAAAGUUGUUGCACUGUCGACACUGCGGAAAAAACGCCUAACGAGUGUUCAUUUCAUAUUUUAUUCAUGUAACUAUAAUUGCGAUUAAUACACUAAAAGAAACUUGUUUGUAAAGAGAUUCCCGAAAUAGGUUUCUUUAACGCGAGAGGUUUAUAUUGAUUGAAUUACACGAAAUUUCGCGACAAAAAAUCGUUUUCGAUUUUUAAGUUAUUGACAUUGUUGAUAUUUUAUUAUGUAUUUUGAAUAAGUCUAGUUCUGUCUUGUUUUAUUCCAAAUGCGCAUAUAUUUACUCACAUGAUUUUUUGUCAAUUUAAAUCGCAUAAUUACAUAGAAAUGAAUUUUGUAUUUCCCUGAUGAAAAUUAGUCAUUCAACUAGUUUCUCUCAUCCAAAACAAAAAAACAUGGCAAACAAACA